AUGGAUCAGCCCACCAUGGAGGCUCCUGAUGUGGACGUCUUCUUCCUCCCCUACAUGGUCCCAGGGCACUACAGGCCCAUGGUGGGCAUUGCCAAGCUCUUCGCCACGCGCGGCGCGAGGGCUAGCGUGGUCGCCGCCGCCACCGACCCCGCCGCCUUACGGCCUUUGCUGGACUGGACCGACCUCUCCGGCCGCUCUGUGCAGUUUAUCCUCCUCCCUUCCUCAUCCUCCUCGAUGGCCGACCUUGGCGCGGUGCUGCGGGAGCCGCUCCGUCGUCUUCUCCGGGAGCAGCCGCCCGUCUGCCUGGUGUUCGACGCUUUCUUCCCGUGGGCGAUCGACGUCGCGGAGGAGGUUGGCGUGCCGACGUUCACCUUCCACGGCAGCAGCUGCUUCACUUCCUGCUGCUACAAGAUGCUCGGCCUCCAUCCGCCACCUCCCCAGGCGGACCCCGUCGUGGUACCCGGCCUCCCUCACCGCGUGGAGCUGCUCAGGACCCAGUUGGCUGAUUCGACGGUGCCGUUCAUCGCCGCCAUCUUUAGCAAAAUCACCGAGUCCAAGUCCCGAAGCGACGGCAUGCUGGUCAACAGCUUCUACGAGCUGGAGGCAGAGUACUUCGACACCACCCCCCAAGUCCAGGGGAAGAAGAGCGUCUGGCCCAUCGGCCCGUUGUCGCUCCUCUCCGACGUCGCCGCCACCGCCGCCCGGGAUGCCGGAGAAGACGCCGGCGGCUCCCUGAGAUGGCUCGACGGGAAGAAACCCGGUUCCGUGGUGUACAUCUGCUUCGGCUCCAUGGCCCAGCUCUCCGGUGCCCAGCUGGGGGAGAUCGGCGCGGCUCUAGAGACGAUGGAGUGCCCCUUCAUAUGGGUGCUGAAGAGCCCACCGGAGGGGGGGCUUCUGGAGAAGGUGACGGCCGGCGGCAAAGAGAGCCGGGGAAUACUGAUCACCGGGUGGGCGCCACAGAAUCUCAUCCUGGGCCACGCUGCCGUGGGGGCCUUCAUGACCCACUGCGGGUGGAACUCGUGCCUGGAGGCCGUCGCCGCCGGCGUGCCGAUGGUCACCUGGCCGCUCAUGGCGGAGCAGUUCUUCAACGAGAAGCUGGUGACACAGGUGCUGGGGGCGGGCGUGGGGGUGGGAUCCCGAGUGUGGACCAUGAAUGAGGAAGAAAGGGACCUCAUUGGCAGGGAAGACAUCCGCAGGGCGAUUGCACGGGUGAUCGACGGCGGCGAGGAGGCAGCUGCCCUCCGGAGAAGGGCAGCGGAGCUGGCGUCGUCAGCUCGGAAGGCCGUCGCCGAAGGUGGGUCCUCAUACGAGAAUGUGGGCUGCCUGAUCGACCAGCUGCGACGGGGAGAGUGGUGCAAACUGGCGGCGGCGGCGGGACCGUAG